AUGGAAGCUUGUUUUCUCUCUUCAAAUUCCUUCACGAAAACCAUUGAACUUCUUCCUUCAAUCAGAGGAAGAAUUACAAGAAAAAAUCCCAAUCAAUAUCAUUGCAGGAAAUCUGGGAAUCCAUUCUCUGUAGCAUGUUGCCAAUUGGGUUCACCAUCCUCAUCUCCUCAAGACGAGCCGAUGCCUUCUAUUAACGCGGACUGGCGAGCAUUCAGAGCCGGACUAAUCGCUAGAGAUCGAGCCAUAAAGCAAGUAGAGCCUUCUUUAAUGGUUGACCAAGACGCCAUUAUUUCUCAGACUAAACCAAACGCAAUUGGAGACAAAUGGGCCCACACCAUCCAUGAACCCGAAAAAGGCCCAAUAGGCCCAACUGGUGUUAUACUCAACAGGUCAUCACUCAUGUCCAUUAAGGAAAUGGGUUCAUCGGCACUCGAUGUAUCCGGUACUUUUUCCGAUAGGCCCUUAUUCUUUGGGGGCCCAUUGGAAGAAGGGCUUUUUCUUGUAACCCCGAAAGAGGGGAAAGAUUCAUUGGGGAAAAGUGGGGUUUUCGACGAGGUAAUGAAAGGGUUGUACUAUGGGACAAAAGAGAGUGUGGGGUGUGCUACUGAAAUGGUGAAAAGGGAUAUGGUACAAGUAGGGGAUUUCAAGUUUUUUGAUGGAUAUUGUGCUUGGGAAAGAAAGCAGCUUAGGGAUGAGAUUAGGGCCCGUUAUUGGACUGUAGCUGCUUGUAGUCUUAGUGUUAUUGGGCUUGCUACUGUGGGUAAUAUUAUGCUGUGGGAUGAAAUUAUUGGGCUUUUGGGCCCUAGAAAGGUUUGGUAA